GGGGGUGGGGGAAAGGAAAGUUGGUUCAGCCCUUCCGUCCUCCCCCUGUUGUCGAAUUGGUACAAUCCCGUGCGCUCACCGCAUUCCAGAAGUCGGGGCGGGUCCACAAGGGGAGGGGCGAGAUCGAGAGUACGCGCGAGCGAGAUGGAGAGAAUAGACUGAUGCCCUUGUAAGGAAAUCGAGGAGCCUUUCCUGUUUGUCACUAACGGGCUCGGCGCUGGUGACGACACAGGGUUCGCGCGGGUCAAGGUGACGUGUCCGCUGGAACGCCCGAGGGGGAGGAGGGUUGCACUGAUUGUUAUAGGUAGCAGCUGUUGCUUUUGAAUGCUUUGCUGUCUGCUGCUGUGUAGGGAUUUUUUUCCUGCUCCGGCUCUACGGUGGCAGGAGGUUCCGUUGGUGCAUUUCCAAACUCAUCUUUGCGGAGUAUCAGAAAGCCAAAAGCUAUUAUUACAGGCGUCUGGUGGAGAUACUGCAGCCUUGAACCCCACAACUGGCCUUCACUGAAACCCGCAGAAAUGCCGUGCUAUUUUCUACCUUAAAGAUAGAAACAACAAACAUGAAUUCACUGGGGCUGGAACAUAAUCCUGGGGAAACACCCAAACUGCCUAAUAAUGCUUCAACUGAUAAUUGCGAUUUUUUUUUUUAAGGUCAUGCAAUCAUUGCUCAGCCGUUAUUUGUUGAAUGGGAUCCAGACCUUUCUCUCUUUCUCUCAUUUAAGACCUGGAGGUCCCAACACCCAAACCACAGUGUUUUGUUGCAGGAAAAUGUGAACUUAACCAUUGCCUAUUGAUAAUAAUUAAAUUAAUUUUAUUUGUUCCUAGUGCAGGUUCCUCCUGGAAAGCUGAACAUGUCCAGGUUUUACAUAAACAGAAGUACGGUAUGCUAUAGAGACAGGUUGGACUUGUAAUAAAACGUUGCCAAGUUGUACCAUUCUCCAGAAUGCUCUUCCACUCUCUGAUUUUCUGUUGAUCCCCUCAGACUUUGUGUUCUGUGGUCACUGAACAUGCUUAGUCCUUAUUAGGCAGGGGGUUUUGUCUUGUUUUUUGGAGGGGGGUUUCUCCCUUAGGUUCCUCUCCAUGUCAGCACUUACCAAACUGAGUUAAUUUUUUAGAGGAUAUGAAAAAGAUUUCAGGAAUUCCCAGGCUCUCCACACAUAGGUUCUUAUGAGCUUUUCCAAUUUCCUUCCCCUCACUCCCAGUUUGGGGCAGAGAGCAGCUUUUAUUAGCCUAUUAUUGUUAUUAUUUUAUUUUACUAUUAGCUUUUUUAUUAGGCCGCUGUAUUCCAGGAAAUGUAUAUUCCAGCCUUUAAUUUUCCUACAUGCAUUCCUACAUUUGAUUUUCUUUUUUAAAAAAAUAACUUCCUCCUCUUCUAGAUUACUCAAACCUAGGAGUACUGGAUUAGUCUUUUAAAAAUAGCAAUUGAACUCCUUCAUUUCACUUUGGAGUUGUUGGUUUGUUUUUUGUUUACAUUUUACAUUUAGUUCAUUGGUUUAAGUGGUGAGUGCAACUCCCUUACAAUAUACUUCUGCUAUUCCUUAGAAUGUGACGACAGAUUAUUUCACCACUGCUGGGCUACUGGCAGUAAAAGCAAAGUAUGAGGUUUCUUUUAUUGGUUGCUGCUAGAAAAACUGCAGAAGAAAUUGUGCAGUGCCUAUCACAGAAAUGUUCCUUAUUUCAAGAAAGAAAACUCUUGUACAGGACAGUUUGUGAGAAGUUUUUCUCUCCUCAUGGAAAUAAUAGGAGUAAUAUAUCAAACAGAUAUUAAUAUGUGAAUCAACUCUUAAAUGUUAGCUGUAACCCUUUUGGUAGGAAUCUGGCACAUGGUGCUGAAUAAAAGUUAAUUAAAUAAUAAUUAAAUAAUAGUUUUCUAUUAUUUUUUCACCUUUAAAAUCUGAUUGCUCCUUAAAUCUGAUUUUUGCACCUUUUAAAUCUGUUUGCUCCCUCAAAGUGCCAGUUGUCUGCAGGUGCAAAAGGACAUCAGAGGAACUCCUUCACUGGAGAGUAGCUCAUUUGGCAGCCCGUUGUAGGUGGGGCUGUCAGUCAGUGUCAAAGGCGGUCAGCUCAUGGGUGCUGAGAAUGAGCCCCUUGGAAAACCUCGCCUGGUUUAGCCUGCAGGGAGCAGAGGAGGUAAGUAUUUGGCCUGCCAGCCAUAUCAAGUUCCCCACCCCUGUAACCAAAGGGGAUGAUUUUACCUCGACUCUGCUCUCUCUGCUUUGGUGGAAGGAUGUUGGAGGUAAAUCAGUAGCCUUGUUCUCAUGUGCUUUGUGGAGAAAUGCUGAGUAUAUAUGUUUGUCUUAUGUUUUGUGCUAUGGAAAAGAUUUCUGCAACUUCUGUUGAUGUCAGGGUAUAACAGUCAAAGGUUGAAGCCUUGUGCUGCUACUACAUUGCAGGCCUCUUUGAAGUUGCUGCUUGGUGACAGGUUCUAACAGAGGAGAGAGAGAUCAUUUAUUAUAGAUUUUGAUCAGGUACAUUGAUUUUGAUUUGUGUGCGGAACAGCAGGCACUGGCUGGCUGAAGGUUGUAGUCAGUAAAGAAAGGGCAGUUAGCAGCAGUUACUAAAGAGAAAUAUACUGUCGUUGAUGAGGGAGGCAUAAGGCAAAGACCAGAGAAAGUUGAGGUGAAAGCUGAAGCUUGAAUGUUAACUGUUUUUCAUCAGUGUGACAACUAUACUGGUGAAAAGAAGAAGGGAUUUGGUGGUUUGAACCAAAUAUUGUGGUUGCUGUGAGUCCCCAGUAUAUAAAUACAGAGAAACAUAUAAGGAUUCUGCAAGAUGGUUUUUUCUUUUCUUUAUUUUUCCCUGAUGGGGAUACACUUGCAGUCUAGUUCAGACCUGACUACAAUUCACAGGAACUGUAGUUUGCCCCUCACACACCUGCAAUUUCCAACACCCUUAACAAACUCCCAGGGUUCUUUGGGGGAGAAAAUGUGCUUUAAAUAUAUUUUAAAGACCGAAGUUGCAAAUAGGCUUCAAACCAACUACUGUAGUACUCUGAGGAACAAAUUUAUACAGUACUGUAGUGUGUACCCUAUUCAGCCAGCAGGUGGCAGAUAAGGCACUAAUAGAGACAAGGUCAGGAACCCUACCUGUAUAGCCUAGCAUUAAUAAUCACAAUAAGAAAUGGGAAAGAUAAAUGUGGCUUUCCAGUAAUUUCCCAUAUAUCCAUACCACCUUGAGUGCCUUGGAGAAAGUGUGGUACAAGCAUAAUAAUGCACAGAUAAUUUUGGUAUAUAUAUAUAUAUAUAUAGCCAUGUUAAUAAUGGCAAUAUUAUUAAAAUAAACAAUACAUUUCAUUUGAAUACAAAAUAAAUUCCGAUACACAUACACAUUGCAGCUAAAAAGUUUCUGGAAAGAGAAAUUUCAUGUCAUUAUGCACAAUCCAUGAUUCCAUGAAGAUGAAAUCUUAGUAUUUCAAACAAAGAAUACCACAAAUGUUGAAAAGCCUUUACAGUGGUACUGCCAAAUAGCAGUGAUAUUCCCAUAUAUAACAUUCUCCCAUCAGAGACAGGUUUUGAUUGAAAACCACAAAUGAAUGAUCAUGAGAUCAUGAGAUGGAGAUAUUUAGCUGGUGGUACUCCUGCUGAAAUAGCAAUUCCCCAAGGUGUCUGCAAAGGUUGGAAUGAACUGGAGAAAGCCAUACUGUUGCACUCUGCACCAUGGGUCUUUGCCUUUUUUGCCUUUUUUUUACUCCCAUUCAAAUUUAAUAGUUUGGUCUGUUAAUUAAUUAAAAUUAUAUGACUGUUUCUAAUAAUGUGUCAGCCCUUCAAAAAAUGUAAUAUAAAACUUUUUGGGUCCUCCCUAGGUAUUUCAAAUUGAGAAAAUCACUAUUCAUCACACCAUUAAUAUAAUAUUUCUAUAGAAGAGGAAGGAGGGCCAAAGGAAUGCAUGGUUUCUAUCUUAAAUAUUCAGUUAUGGCUUACAAUAGACAUCAAAGCAUUUGCUGCAAGGAAAUGUUAACUAAACUGCAGUCAGCUGUUCAUCUAUUGAAAUAGAAAUAAAAAAGGGAGGGCUCUUACUCUUAGCAAUGUACCAUAAAGAUAGUGUACUAUUUUGGUGCAGUCUGGAGAUAAGUGCAUACCUUCUAUUCUUGAACUGAUAUUCCUGGAUUCACAGACACCAAUUUUCCCUAGCAAUAUCAUACCCAUUUUCAAAACCAUUCAUCAACAGGAUCCUUUUUAUUUUCUCAUCCUUUUAUUGCUCACAAAACACCCAGAGAAUAUUUAUUCAGGGGCACAUUUUGGGUAGAAGUCAAUGUGCUUGGACUGCUAAAUGAUUAAAAGAAAGCUAAAAUUACAUAGCUACUAACUCUACUUGUCUCACUAGCCCUUUCUUCUUCCUAGUAAAUUUAUUAUUUCAGACAGAUAAAAACAUAUGUACUGCUGCUAAAUCCUUUUAGAGAUGGAAUAUAAAUACAUAUAAAGAAUCUUCACAGAUACGAAAAUUGAUCACUUUGGUUCUCUGAUAACAGAAACAAAAAUGUCACACCAUUUGCAGUACAAAUGAAACUGAAAGUUGUUCAGUAAAAUGGUCACCAUGUCUAAAGGGAAUUUAGGUCUGGAUUACACAUGCUGCUUCCUAGUUUUGAGGGGUUAUGCACAAAUUCCUACCUUUGCAAAUUUUAGCUUCCUAGAUACUGUGGAAUUUCAGAGUUGCUUAAACAUUGCAUGACCAUCCUCCUUUUGACAGGAUUUUAAACCAACUGCUGGAAUAAAGUUGAAAUCAUCCAAUUGUGGUCAACUCAUCCAUUAGUGAUGAUGAUGUAAAUGUUUCAGGUUGUCUAAGUGAGGAUAGGAUAGAACUUGGCAACAAACAUACUGAAAGAAGUGGCAGCUGCUUUAAGAGAUCAAAAGGUUACACAUGAGACAGUGUAUUUAUGUGAAAAUAUUUGAAGCCUCCAAACCGGGGAGAGGAGGACUGGAAUACUUAGUGCUAAAAGAGACUGAACCAAAACUUCAUGGAAGACUUAUAUAGAACUGGCACUAGUGGCAGUUUGAUAGGGAAUAAGUGAGGUUUAGAAGGAAGAGACCACAUCCAGCUUACCAUUGUACAUGGAUCUUACAUUCCAGGUUCCUAUGCAAUAUUUUUCUUUUUCUUUACAGCAUUGGACUUCCCUUUGCUGUAAACUAAAAUAAUAAUACUCUGGCCACUUCACGAGAAGAAAAGACUCCCUGGAAAAGACCCUGAUGUUGGGAAAGAUUGAGGGCACCAGGAGAAGGGGACGACAGAGAACGAGAUGGUUGGACAGUGUUCUCAAAGCUACCAACAUGAGUUUGACCAAACUGCAGGAGGCAGUGGAAGACAGGAGUGCCUGGCGUGCUCUGGUCCAUGGGGUCAUGAAGAGUUGGGCACGACUAAACAACAACAACAGAGGGAAGAGAAAAAAGAUUCAAGGAGGGCUAACCUAUGAGGUUUUUGUUCUGCCACAGAAAUACCCUAAUACACCAAAGCACCCAUUGCAUGUGCUCUCUUUGGGGCCCUUUAGAGAAUGAAAGCAGGAUAGCUCUGCUUUCAUAGCACCUGACUUGGACCUCUCUCCUUGGUCUCCACUGCUGCUUUGUCUCUUCCAGCUGCUUUCCUUGUUGAAGCCUGGAUUUGGGGAGGGGGGGUCUUGAUUGCUUGCAGGUAGGGAGAAGGUGAUAAUCAUUUGGCAGAAGUCAUGGUUGAUAAAGACACAACGAAGCCACCACCUUCUCCCACCACCAUGCCAGUUCCUGAACUUGAAAGGGUUCCUCAGCCCCACUGACUCCCCAACUUGUAUCAUUAUCUGCCCCCUGCCCCACCACAGGUACCCACAGAUUCAAAAAGGCUUAGUUUAGCAGCAGCAAAGCAGGAAGGAAAAACUGAUCUAUUUUGUGCACAGAGUAAUUUAGGAGAACAGAAUAUAGUUUCCCCUAAAUGAGUAUUCCACACAAACCAGAUCAGUUUUUUAAAAUAAAAAAGUUAUCUGUCAAUAUGUUGACAAUGCCACCUGAAGAAACUAACAUAGAAGAGUGGAAUGGGGCAGCCAACUAACUGAUGAGACAAUUAACAAGCAAACUCAGCAGGAAUCUAAAUAGCAAUGGGAAUGGCUGCCAAUAUGCAUAUACAGGGCUGAUUCAUUCUAAGUACAACAGCAAAUACAGUGGUACCUCGACUUACGAAGGUGAUCCGUUCCGCGGCCGUCUUCAUAAGUUGAGGUUUUCAGAUGUCAAAGCACCACUACGGCGCAUGCACGAAGUGCGAUUUUGUGCUUCUGCGCAUGUGCCGCCCGUGCGCGCGACAAAAGGACUUCCAAGGGUUGUCAACUUCGGAAGUCGAAACCUUCAGAAGUCGAAGCGUUCGGAUGUCAAGGUAUGACCAUACACUCCUGUGUGGAUUGCUGUGGGGAAGUUCAAAGCAAUAAACAUGGAUUCAGACCCAAUUCAAAUAUGGGCACAACCUGGCUCAUUCCCCAAACCUGUCAGGUGAAGUGUGGUAUCCACUCCUUUCAUGCACUCUUCAACUGAAUCAGUAUCUUCAACCUUUCGCUCAGAGACCAGUGAUGACUUUGUUAAAGGAGAUCCUGGCUAAACAUCAGGAAGAACUUUCUGACAGUAAGAGCUGUUUGGCAGUGGAACAGACUCCCAUGAGAGAUGGCGGACUUUCCUUUCUUGGAGGUUUUUAAGCAGAGUUUGAUGGCCCUCUGUCAAGGACGCUUUGGUUGAAAUUCUUGCAUUGCAAGGGGUUGGACUAGAUGAACCUCAGAGUCCGUUCCAUCUCUACAGUUCUAUGAUUCUAUCAGAUUAUAAAAUCUGAAAACUUGUUAAGAAAUCACAUAAUCCCCCCCCCCAUGAAACCCACAGUUCAGCUUUCCUAAUUACCUUCACACUUCCAAAUUACCUUGGCUAAAUUCAGUUCACAGCAGAUAAAUCAACACUUGUGUUAAUAGCAUCCUGUGAUGGAACUGGGCACAAGAACAUUCAGGAGUUCUUAUUAAUGUCACACUACUGUAACUCUGGCUUCUGUCAGUACAGUGGCAACUUAUUUUUAAAUUAGGUUUAUGGAGCAACAGAUUUUCCUUCAUUACUUAAACCAAUGAAUGUCAGUUGCACAGCCAUGUUGACAUCAUUUAGGAGCUGGCAGAAGGCUUUAGGACUCAAUUUCGUUAGGCUUGAGAGAGUGAAGACUUGUACUGUAGCUUGAAGAUGCUGUCAUAUAUUUGUGGAGGGAUAGCACUCUGUCUCUCCCCCCCUCUUUGCUGCUGCUAUAUUUAACAGCCUAUCCAGCCAUAAAAGGUUGGGAGUGUUGCUUUCACAUUCCACUGACUACAGUCAUUAUUUUUGUUCUGGACCUGAGGGUCCCUCAACCCUGGUCCUGUCAGCCACUCUGCUGGAUUGAACUUUUGCUGGAUUUCUCUCUUCUUCUCAUUCAUCCUUGUACAAGACUGAAAUUCUAUCAUUCUUAAUUUGACUACAGAACAUCAAAAGUGUGGGCUGAGCUAAGAGAAAUCCAGGAUGUCUUUACCAUUCUACCAGAGGCAUCAUCAACAUUUUGAUCGUACAUAUCGCCACAAGGAGCUGGAGUCUACUCUAAGUCAGUACCAAAGGGAGGAGAAGCGUAAAUCUGCCAUCUACACUCAUGGAUCUACUGCCUAUAGUAAGGAAGCUGCCUUGACCUACCACCAUGGCCAGCAGUCUGCAGCAUCUAGCCAUGAAUUGGCAGAAUCCUAUGCCCAUGAAUCAGCAGCUCACAGUAAAAGAUCUUCAGCCCUCAGUCUAGGAUCUGAAUUGAUAAGUAAGAAAGCUGAAGCCUACCAUCAUGGAUCUGAGUUGGUCAAUAAGAAAGCUGAAGCCUACCGCCUUGGAUAUGAAACCUACAGUCGAGGAAAAAUGUUGGAAGAUUAUUCUUUCAAGUUAAGUCCCAGAGCAAAGCGGGCUAAGCAGAGUAUAUUGUCAGAAGAAGAGAAGGAAAACACAGCUAUUGAUUAUGUAGUACCUAUAUUCAGAGGAAGACAAACCCAUAUCAGCGGGAUUACAGACACAGAAGAAGAAAGAAUAAAGGAAAGUGCUGCAUAUAUUGCGAGAAGGAACCUUAUGGCAGCCGGGGAAGGAAUUACUGCAACCAAAAAGGAAACUUCAUCUUCUAUGGAAGAAGAAACACGUCAGAAGAAGUCAAGAAAAAUAGCAAUACAAGAGACAGCUGAAGAAAUGGUUCUAAAGAAAACGUUAACUGAUAAGAUAGAAUUCCACAGAAAGUUAAAUGAAGACAAACUGUUACAUGCUCCUGAAUUUGUUAUCAAACCUCGUUCCCACACUAUCUGGGAAAAACAGAAUGUCAAAUUACACUGCACUGUGACUGGCUGGCCGGAGCCUCGUGUUACAUGGUACAAAAACCAUGUUCCCAUCAAUGUCCACAUUAAUCCUGGCAAAUAUGCAAUCGAAAGUCGGUAUGGGAUGCACUCUCUGGAAAUAAACAAAUGUGAUUUUGAAGACACUGCACAGUAUCGUGCUUCUGCCAUGAAUGUAAAAGGAGAGCUUUCAGCCUAUGCUUCCUUGGUGGUGAAGAGAUACAAGGGAGACUUUGAUGAGAGUUGUUUCCAUGCAGGAACUGUCACCCUACCCUUGAGCUUUGGUGUUUCUCCACAUGGCUAUGCCUCCAAGUUUGAGAUCCACUUUAUAGAUACAUUUGAGGUUUCCUUUGGAAGAGAAGGUGAAACAAUGAGUCUGGGCUGCUCAGUUAUCAUUCAUCCUGAGAUUAAACGGUUCCAGCCAGAAAUCCAGUGGUAUAGGAAUGGAGUCCUAAUUUCUCCGUCCAAGUGGGUCCAGACACAUUGGAGUGGAGAAAGAGCUACAUUGACCCUGACCCAUGCCAACAAAGAGGAUGAAGGCCUUUACACCCUCCGUGUGGUGAUGGGGGACUAUUAUGAUCAGUACAGUGCUUAUGUUUUUGUUCGAGAUGCUGAUGCCGACAUAGCAGGAGCCCCUGGUUCUCCUCUGGAUGUGAAGUGUUUGGAUGCUAACAAGGAUUAUGUCAUCAUCUCCUGGAAACAACCAGCUGUUGAUGGAGGAAGUCCCAUCUUGGGAUACUUCAUUGAUAAAUGUGAAGUUGGUACUACCCACUGGUCCCAGUGCAAUGAGACACCAGUGAAGUUUGCUCGCUUCCCAGUCACAGGUUUAAUAGAAGGGCGCUCCUACAUAUUCCGAGUCCGAGCUGUGAAUAAUGCUGGCGUGAGCAUUCCAUCCCGGAUUUCAGAGCCUGUAGCAGCCCUGGAUCCUGCCGAUAGGGCCAGACUUAGAAGUCAUCCCUCUGCCCCCUGGACUGGACAGAUUAUUGUCACUGAGGAGGAACCUACAGAGGGCAUUGUUCCUGGACCACCUUUAGACCUCCAUGUUACAGAAGCCACAAAGAACUAUAUUGUGCUCGGUUGGAAACCUCCGUUUGAGCGGGGCCAUGAGGGUGUCAUGUACUUUGUUGAAAAGUGUGUUGCAGGAACCGAAAACUGGCAGAGAGUGAACACUGAGAUACCUGUAAAGUCCCCUCGCUUUGCACUUUUUGACUUAGCUGAAGGGAAGUCCUACCAGUUCCGUGUCCGUUGCUGUAAUUCAGCUGGAAUUGGUGAGCCCUCAGAAGCCACUGAAGCCACUGUGGUUCGUGACAAACUUGAUAUUCCUAGUCCUCCUAGCCAUCUUAUACCUGUCAGAAAUACAGACACCUCAGUAGUUGUCACUUGGCAAGAAUCCAAAGAUGCAAAAGAGUUGAUUGGAUAUUAUGUAGAAGCAAGCAAAGUCGGAUCUGGUCACUGGGAACCAUGCAACAAUAAUCCUGUGAAAGGCACAAGAUUUACUUGCCAUGGACUUACUACUGGAGAUCACUACAUUUUCCGUGUCAGAGCUGUUAAUGCAGCAGGACUCAGUGAGUAUUCGCAGGAGUCAGAAGCCAUUGAAGUCAAGGCAGCUAUUGGGGGAGGAUUGCUUCAUGAUGUAUGUCCUGGACUAAGUGGUAAAGCUGAUGGGCUAACAGACCACACUGCCAACUGGGAAGGCAUGCAUGAGUCCUCCCAGCCUAUCUUUGACACAGAUGCUUUGUUAAAAUGCAAUGCUAAACCUAACAGGCAAACAGUGCCCGAUAGCUCUGGUAAGCAGAGGAGUCCGACAGACAAUAAAGUGAGUGAAAAAGUUCCAUCUCCUUCGUCACAAAAAGCAGCCAACAAGCAGGCAAGUAAGUCUCACCCUGAGGACCGCUCAGCACUGCAGAGAAUGAAAAAGAAAGGUGAUAUAGCUCCUCCAUCUCCACCAUAUGACAUCACGGUGCUUGAAAGCGUUCAUGACUCAAUGGUCCUUGGAUGGAAACAGCCGAAAACUGUGGGUGGAGUUGAUAUAACUGGCUAUUAUGUGAAUUACCGGGAAGUGAUUGGUGGAAAACCUGGAGAGUGGAAAGAAGCUAACAUUAAGGCAGUUAGUGAGAGGGCAUACAGGCUCCAUGACUUGAAGGAAAAUAUGACAUACCAGUUUCAAGUGGCUGCUGCUAACCUAGCUGGCCUUGGCCCUCCUUCUCCAGCUAGCAAGUCCUUCAAAUGUGAAGAAUGGACCAUUGCUGUUCCAGGGCCACCCCAUGAUUUGUCAUGCAGUGAAGUUAGGAAAGAUUCUUUGGUUAUAUUGUGGAAACCACCAAUUUACAUUGGCCGAAGUCCUGUAACUGGUUUUUAUGUUGACAUGAAAAAAACAGAUGCACCAGAGGAACAUUGGAGGAGUGUGAACGAGAAAGCUGUUGCAAACAAAUUCUUCAAGAUUACUGGCCUGAAAGAAGGCACCAGUUAUGUGUUCCGUGUACGAGCAGCAAACCAAGCUGGAGUUGGGAAGCCUUCAGAUCCCACUGACCCUGUAAUAGCUGAAACUCGACCAGGAACAAAAGAAGUUGUGGUUGAAGUAGAUGACAAUGGAGUAAUUUCUCUGAACUUUGAAUGUGAUCAGAUGACUGCAGACUCUAAAUUCAUCUGGUCCAAGAAUUAUGAACCAAUUGAUGAUGAUUCGCGGUUAGCCAUUGACACAAAAGGUGGAAAGUCAAAAGCUAUCUUUAAAGAUCUCAGUGAAGACGAUUUGGGCAUUUACUCCUGUACUGUAACAGACACAGAUGGAGUCUCAUCAAGCUAUACAUUAGAUGAGGAAGAAAUGAAACGCCUGCUUGCACUCAGCCAUGAACACAAAUUUCCAGUUGUCCCCCUUAAGUCUGAAUUGGCAGUUGAAAUUCUGGAGAAGGGGCAGGUGCGGUUCUGGAUGCAGGCUGAGAAGUUGUCUCCUCAUGGUAAAGUCAACUUUGUAUUUAAUGACAAGGAAAUUGUUAAUGGAGAGAAAUACAAGAUGAAAGUUGACCACACUUCUGGUAUGAUUGAAAUGGUUAUGGAUAGACUUGAAGAUGUGGAUGAAGGCACCUAUACUUUUCAAAUUCAGGAUGGCAAAGCAACCAAUCAGUCCAGUCUUGUUCUUAUUGGUGACGUGUUUCAGAAACUACAGAAAGAAGCAGAAUUCCAGAGGCAAGAGUGGUUCAGGAAGCAAGGUCCACAUUUUGUUGAGUAUCUGGGAUGGGAAGUUACUCCUGAAUGCAAUGUGUUACUAAAAUGCAAGGUAGCCAAUAUUAAGAAAGAAACACACAUUGUUUGGUACAAAGAUGAAAGAGAGAUAAUGGUUGAUGAAGAACAUGACUUUAAGGAUGGCGUAUGUACUCUGCUGAUAACAGAGUUUUCUAAGAAAGAUGCUGGUAUAUAUGAAGUAAUAUUGAAAGAUGACAGAGGGAAGGAUAAGAGCAUAUUGAAGCUUCUGGACACAGCUUUUGCAGAUUUGAUGACGGAAGUAUGCAAAGUGAUUGCUUUAUCUGCAACAGAACUGAAAAUCCAGAGCACAGAAGAAGGCAUCAGAUUAUAUUCAUUUGUUAGCUACUACUUGGAAGAUCUGAGAGUGAGCUGGUCACACAAUGAUGUUAAAAUGAAGUAUACAGAAAGAGUUAAGACUGGUGUUACUGGGGAGCAAAUCUGGUUGCAAAUCAAUGAGCCAACACCCAACGACAAGGGAAGAUAUAUAAUGGAGCUCUUUGAUGGCAAAACUGGACACACAAAGACAGUGGAUCUUUCUGGGCAAGCCUUUGAUGAAGCCUUUGCUGAAUUCCAGAGGUUAAAAGCAUUGGCUAUUGCAGAGAAAAAUCGUGCCCGGGUGCUUGGAGGGCUGCCUGACGUUGUCACCAUCCAGGAAGGCAAGGCACUUAAUCUUACUUGCAGUGUCUGGGGAAAUCCUGCUCCAGAAGUUUCAUGGCUGAAGAAUGAAAAGCUUCUGAUGGGAGAUGAUAACAUCAUCCUGAAACUUGAAUCAGGAAAACAAGCGAGCUUCACCAUCACGGCUGUCAGUACAGCUGACUCAGGGAGAUACAGCCUUAUAGUGAAAAACCAGUAUGGCACAGAGACAAGUGAUUUAACUAUAAGUGUGUUCAUACCUGAGGAAGGGAUGGCCCAUGCCCCCCUUCCAGAUCACGGCAAAGGAGAUAAGAAAAAGAAGGCAUGAAGCUAAAGCUAAGAUGGACAAGUGUUGCAGAGAGGUAGAGUUCUAUCUGGUUUAAUAAUAUGUGUGUGUAAAUGGCUUUGCCUGUGAACAUGAAGUAGAUCUUAUCUCUUCCACUCACUUCAUUUUAGAUGUUGUGGUCAGGCAAAAAUGGGGAAUGCUCCCCCUCCCAGCCUGGCUUCCUGUCACAUGAACUUAACUCAGAAGCAUAAUAUUUAAGGAUGUCAUUUAAUCAGUGAUGUGAGUGAAAGGAUGGAAAAAAAUUACAGUCUUUUAUUGGAGAAGAUUUUCUCACCAGGAAUCUAGAUUUGAGCCUGCUGGUAAUCUAGUAUAAACUGAAUGUAGUGUAGGAUAGUACUCUAGAAAACAGAUGUUAAAGCAAACAAAUGUUAUGGGUUGACAUGAUAUUAAUACACACCAACGCCAGUGAAAAAAUUUGUCCCCUCCUCAGUAUUCAAAAAUAAAUAAAACACUUUUCUUUCGC